CCGAUUAGCUCCAAAGAUAGUCAAUUGAUUACUCCUGUCUCGAUGAUUAGGCCUGAAUGGUGUAUAUGAGUUCAAGCUGUGUUUUGACCACAGAGAACAUGUAAAAUUGCAUAAUCACAGAAGUAACUAACGUGAUGUAUGUGACCACCUUCCUGCGUUAUAUUAGGCUUGGUGGUAGAUGCUUCUCUGCUCAUAUCAUUCAGCGGAGGAAUCUCUCAGGAGCGGAUGCCAUUAAUGCCCUGCGGCCCUUUUACUUUGCAGUACACCCUGAUUUCUUUGGCCAGCAUCCGAGAGAGAGAGAAGUGAAUGAAAACUCCCUCCAAAGGCUAAAUGGUUAUCUGGAAAAUCUUCAAAAGCCUGGGGCGAGAUCCCCCAAACCUACAAAACUCACUUUUUAUGUCAGGGACACAAAAGAAAGAGCAGACUCCAGUGGUAGUCUCCUAGCCUCAGGAUUCCGGUCUGUGAGUUUCACCCUGCAGUCAAAGGAUGUUCUGAGCACAGUGCUGGAUGUUCUGAGGUCCUGUAGCCUCUCGGUUGAACAUAUGCAGGAUGUGCUUAAGGCUGAGACCAAGAAGAGCUCAACACAACAGCCUGAAACAGCUUUCUAUCGGCCCAUCAAAUGGGACAAGACUUAUUACACUUUCACUGGCUUCAGGGACCCAGAGCAGGAGUUAGAGCAAGCCAAGAGAGUGGAGCCCACACUCAGUUUAUGGCUGAGAAACAAUGAGCCGGAGGCCACAAAGAAACAGAAUGCCAGUCUUCCACACCGUGAGGAGCUGAAAAGAUUGAAAAGAGUGCUGAUUCAGAAACUUGGUUUGUUGGAUAUCAGGUGGCAGCGCAAAUGGGGAGUUUCACACAAAUGCUGUCAGCUGCAGAGUCUGAGUCGUCUUUACACACAAAGCCCUGAGGCUCUGCACAACCUGAAAGGACACAUAAUAGUUUUUACUGACCAAUCAGGGAUGAAUGCCUCAGGCCAUGUGAUGUUAGGAACAAUGGAUGUCCACCAUCAAUGGUCAAAGCUCUUUCAAAGAUUACCAAGUUACCGAAGCCUGUUCCAGCAGUCGGAUUGGCUGAAGGAGCGCAUCAGUCACCUUUUGGGAGGGAUUCAGGUGAUUCACAUCAAGCGGAUGGGUCCAGCUCUUCCUCUGGAGGAACACUACAGUACCCUCAACACCUUCCACAAGAGAUUGUUGCCUCAGCGCCUCUUCCUGCACCCCCGCAGCCUGCAAGGCCUCAUGAUGACCUUGGAAAAUGACCGGUCCACCCCCUGCCUGCAUGAGAUGGGCCACUUCAUCAUCCCCACUAUGUGUGACACCCUCCAGCUGCAGAACUUCCUCCAGAGCCAGGCCCAGGAGGCCCGGAGACGCAUUCAGCGGAAGGACAAGUUGGAGGCAGAGGAAGAAGACAUCAUUUCGAGUUGUCUGCAGGAUUUGUCUCUGCGCAGUCUGUCUAAAGAGCCCAGCGUGUCGAGCAGUCAGAUGAUCCCCUGCUGCAGGCGUCUGAUGGAAGAGAGAUCCCCUCAGAUGCAGGGUCUUCAUCUGUGCGUCUCUCACUUCUAUUCAGUCAUGCAGGAUGGGGAUCUGUGUAUUCCCUGGGACUGGAAAGGCUGAAACACACUGAACUUUAUUGGGACUUUAUUACUAUGACUCUCAGGCUCAUGUAGUCACAACAAGAUUCUGAAAUUUUGGAAACAGCCUAUUGUGUAGGCAUGAUUAUAAAUGCACUUUGGUUCUAAAAUACUAGCAGUGGGCCCCAGUGAUGUGAUGUUAUAACUUAGCACAGGAAGUUUGUUGAUUAUUUGCACUGCCAACCAUAUACAUCACUAAUAUGCGUAACACUUAGAAAAACAUAAUCAAAAUCUCUUUUUUUUAAGCAUCAUGUUUCAAUCUAUAAAAAUAGCUUUUGGAAAUACCGAUAAGGCUCUUUUUGCCUUGAAACAAUCAGUUGACUGCUUGAGUCUUUAUCAUUUCCAAACCUGAAUGUACCUGAUUCACACAUUUACUAAUUUGUCAUAUUGCUAGAAUCUAAAAUGCACAGUCAAAAUUCAGAUGAAGUGUUUGGACAAAUGAUUUUUCUAGUGUAUACAAGUAUUCAGAAAUGGAAAAGUGUUCUCUGAAAAUUUGAAGUGUUCAGAUGUAGUCUCUGUACAUUAUCAAUCCUAAAUGCUGUACUGUCUGUCUUGAGAUGUGUACAGUGUAUCUAUGCUGUUUGCUGCUAUUGCAUUUCAAAGGUUUAUAAUGUGAUAUCUGUAUGUACGAUAAAUAUCGAACUGUGUAACAAAGUUCAAACAAUGGUUUAAGUAUUAAUGGUCACUAUUGUAUGCAUUGUUAUUAUGUACCUAUUUGGUUGUAAUGUUUUUGAAGGUUUUGUUCAUUGUGACAGUCCAUGAAUUUCCCACUCUAACAGAUAUGAAAUGUAAUAAUUCUGUUAUGUCAUAUAUGACUGUGUAUAUUAUUAUGAUUUUUAUCACAUUGUUAUUCUUAUUAAUGUAUGUAAUGUAAUGAAAACAGCCUUUCUGCUUAAUGUUUUUUGUGGAAACCACUGUACCUUUUGUUUUGUUUUCUUUUUCUUUUUUUAUUGUACUGACCCCAAACAUUUAAGUGGUAGUGCAUCACAGUUUCCACAAAAAUAUUAAGCAACAAAAACAGUUGUCAACAUUGAUAAUAAUAACAAAUGUUUCUUGAGCACCAAAUGAGCAUAUUAGAAUGAUUUCUUAAGGAUCAUGUGACACUGUAGACUGGAGUAAUGGUGCUGAAAAUUCAGCUUUGAUCACAGGAAUAAAUUAUAUUAAAAAAAUAAAAGUUCUUUUAAAUUGUAAUAUUUCACAAAAUUACAUUUUUUCAAUUUUUCAUCAAAUAAAUGCAGCCUUGGUAAGCAUAAGAGACCUUUCAAAAAUUAAAAAAUCUCAAUUAUUCCAAACUUUCCAAACUUGUGUAGCUGUUAUUUAAUGCGUCUCAAAGGUGAACUUGCAGGCACCCGCACGUUUUUGAAAAUUAUCUCAGCCCUGCAUGACUGAAUGUGAAUCAUCACUUUCAACUGUUACUGGCGAGUCUUUUCGAUGUCUGCGUCGCUGUACUGUCUGCUUUUAGACAGAUUUACACCUGCAGGAUUGAGACAGGUUAUCAGCAAGCAGAUCGCAGACCAGCCAGAAGUAUUUGCUUCCCUGUGGGCAGGGAGGAUUUUCUGCUUUCUUCUAAUGUUAGUCAUUAUACAUCAAAAACCCUGCCUGAUGUCUGUAAUUAAUUAUCUUUAAGAUUGAAAACUUUUUGAAAAUACUUGAAUAUCUACUAAUCUACCAUUUUGGGGCUGCAAACAAACAAUCAAUUACAUAUCACGGAUGGAUGGAUGGAUGGAUGGAUGGAUGGAUGGAUGGAUGGAUGGAUGGAUGGAUAGAUAGAUAGAUAGAUAGAUAGAUAGAUAGAUAGAUAGAUAGAUAGAUAGAUAGAUAGAUUGAUUGAUUGAUUGAUUGAUUGAUUGGCAUAUUCAUAUACAAUCACAUCCCAUUUUUUUCUGAGGAUAUUCUUCAUUUCCUUCAUUAGUGAACUUUAAGAAACCCCCUCAUUAGAAUCCAGGAAGAUGUCCAAAGAGAAGGAGAGCAUCCAAAUAUGUUCUUUAAAGAUUCAAAACAAUAAAUAGGCAUAACUAGCACAAUUAGCAGCUUUGGAUAUACUAUUAUAACUAUAUAACUAUAACUAUUCAUUAUGUACCAUGCAACAUUUUUAAUAAAGAACAUUUUCACUGCAUCUUUAUACCCGAGUUUAUUACCAGUAAGUGAGUGAAAGGCUUGUAUGAUGAAAAGUACAGUAAAAACUGUAAUAUUGUGAAAUCGAAUUACAAUUUAAAAUUAUUUAAUUUUAAAAUGUUAUUGAUUCCUGUGAUGGCAAAGCGAAAUUUGUUUUGUUUCUGCAUCAUUACUCCAGUCUUCAGUGUCACAUGAUCAUGAACAUUAAAAAAGCUUAAUUAUUUCAUACUUUUAA